AUGGCAAAAGGUUUACAUCCAGUUCUCUCUGGAGAGCAGAUUUUGGAGGCUGUCACCUCUGACAAGAGAUUCUACAACAACACCCAGAAUGUUGAAAUGCCGCUCAUCUCAGCGCUGUUUUCUAACGACGAUAAUGAGCUUUUGGCCCAGAUUGGUUAUAAGCCAGAAUUGAAGAGACGUUUUUCCACCAUCCAAGUGUUUGGAGUAGCUUUCUCUAUUAUGGGUUUACUUCCAUCGAUUGCCUCCAUCUUGGCCACGGCCCUUUUGGCUGGUCCUGCCGGUGCCAUUUGGGGAUGGCUCAUUCUGUCCAUUCUUAUCUUGACCAUCGGUCUUGCUAUGAGUGAGAACGCCUCGUUCUUGCCAACCUCCGGUGGUUUGUACUACUGGACAAAUUACUACGCCCCUGCAAAGUAUAAGACUGUCAUUUCCUACGUCAUUGGUAACACAAACUCUAUCGCUUUGGUGGGUGCGCUCUGUUCGGUCGAUUAUGGUUUCGCAACUGAGAUCCUCUCCAUUGUUGUUAUCAGUAAGGAUGGAGAUUAUGAGAUCACUGCUGCUAAGACUUAUGGAAUCUUCGUUGCUUGCGUGGUUGCGCACAUCGUCAUCACUUGUUUGUCUUCCAAACACUGUGCAUGGUUGCAAACCACCUCCAUCAUAGUCAAUGUGGCUAUUAUCGUUCUUUUCGUUAUUUCCAUGCCUAUUGUGGCUUCUCGUGGUGAGUUCAAAUCAGCCAGCUGGGUUUUCGGCCACUUUGACAACUAUACCAAUUUCCCUAUUGGGUGGACCCAACUUUCUCAAGCUUGGUUGCCUGCUAUCUGGACCAUUGGAGCUUUCGACUCCUGUGUUCACAUGUCUGAGGAAUGUAACCAUGCUACUCGUACUAUUCCCAUCGGUAUUAUCGGAUCCAUCUCUGCCUGUGGAAUCUUGGGUUUCAUUAUCAUGGUGGUUACCUGCUUCUGUAUUCAGACUGACGAUAUUGAAGGUCACAUUUUAGGUUCCAAGUUCGGCCAGCCAAUGGCUCAGAUUAUCUACGAUGCCUUUGAAACCAAGACUGGCCAGGGAAAGCCUGCAGCCAUGGCUUUCAUGGCUCUUAUUGCUUUUGCGCAGUUCUUAAUGGGUGCUUCCAUUCUUACGGCUAUCUCCAGACAGAUUUUUGCUUUUGCCAGAGAUAACGGAUUGCCAAUGUCUUGGUGGAUAAAGAAGGUCAACAAGAAGUUGUCUGUGCCUAUCCAUGCUGUUAUUACCGGUGGUGUUGCUGCUAUCGUCAUCGGACUCUUGUGUCUCAUUGGUACAACCGCAGCCAAUGCCUUGUUCACCUUGUACAUUGCUGGCAAUUACACAGCCUGGGGAACUCCUACACUCUUGCGUUUAAUCUACAUGAAGGAGAAAUUCACUCCUGGUCCGUUCUUCUUGGGCGAAUUCUGGAGUCGAGUCAAUGGAUGGGUCUCCACAGCCUUCAUUGUCUACACCAUCAUUAUGGUGAUGUUCCCUACCAACUUGAACCCGGACAAGGAGUCCAUGAACUACACAUGUGUCAUCACACCAGGUGUGUGGAUUUUGUCUCUUACGUACUACUUGGUGUACGCUAAGAAAAUCUACCAUGGUCCAGCAAAGACUGUGGAUGUUCCAGAUGAGGAGACUAGCGACGAUAACGUGGAGAGAAUCGACGAGGCCGUUUCUGACAAGGUGUAA